AUGGUCUCCGGUGAAGGCGCUGAGAAGACGCCGCUCGUCUCCCUCAUUGCGGGAGGAACAGCUGGUGGUGUCGAGGCGACUAUAACAUAUCCAUUCGAAUUCGCAAAGACCAGAGUCCAACUCCAUGAUGAUAGCCCCACCAAGAAUCCAUUCAAGGUGAUUAAAGCGGUCAUCGAAAAGGAAGGUCCGCGAUCCCUGUACAAGGGAUGCGAGACGCUCGUCGCGGGCACGAUACUCAAGGACGCCAUCCGCUUCAUAUCGUUCGACAGCAUCAAAGCCGCGUUCAAAGACCCGGAGACAGGCACAUUGUCGCCCCUGCGUAAUCUGCUGGCAGGCAUCUCAGCCGGCGUGGUGGCUAGCACAUUCGCCGUGACGCCCACAGAACGUAUCAAGACGGCACUGAUCGACGACGCGCGGCACGACAAGCGCUUCACGAGUCCCUGGCAUGCUACGAAGACUCUAAUCGCGGAGCAUGGCCUGACAAAAGCGCUGUACCGCGGGUAUGUGACGACUACGCUCAAACAGGCGAGCACGACGGCGGUGCGGCUCGGCACAUACAAUACGCUCAAGGACUUUGAGCGACUGCGAGAUAUUCCGCAGACGACUGCGACGACGUUUGCGAAUGGCGCGGUUGCAGGGACAAUCGUCGUGUUUGUCACGCAGCCUUUUGACACGCUCAAGACGCGCGCGCAGAGUGUGCGUGGAGCGGGCGUCAAGGAGGCUUUUACAAGUGUUAUUACGGAUUAUGGCGUCAAGGGUUUGUGGAGGGGGAGUACCAUGAGAUUGGGUCGGACUGUGUUGGCGGGUGGUAUUCUGUUCACGACCUACGAGUGGGUUGCUGCUCUGAUACAGCCUGUGCUGGAUAAGAAGCUGUUGCCCAAAAGGUCGGAGUAA